GAGCCGGCCCAGCCCCGGGAGCCCGGGCGGGAGCGGGAGUCGGCGGAGGAGAAGGAGGAGGAGGAGGAGGACCCCCGGCAGCGCCCGCAGCGUCGCCAUGGCCCCCAUCGGACUCAAAGCGGUGGUCGGAGAAAAGAUCAUGCAUGAUGUGAUCAGGAAAGUGAAGAAGAAGGGAGAAUGGAAGGUGCUGGUGGUGGAUCAGCUCAGCAUGAGGAUGCUCUCAUCUUGCUGUAAGAUGACUGACAUCAUGACCGAGGGGAUAACAAUUGUGGAAGACAUCAACAAACGCCGAGAGCCACUCCCCAGCCUGGAGGCUGUGUAUCUCAUCACCCCGUCUGAAAAGUCUGUCCACUCGCUUAUCAGUGAUUUUAAGGACCCACCUACUGCCAAAUAUCGAGCUGCUCACGUCUUCUUCACCGACUCUUGUCCAGAUGCCCUGUUUAAUGAGCUGGUGAAAUCUCGUGCAGCCAAAGUCAUCAAGACGCUUACUGAAAUCAACAUUGCAUUCCUGCCCUAUGAAUCCCAGGUGUACUCCUUGGACUCAGCUGAUUCUUUCCAAAGCUUCUAUAGUCCCCACAAGGCUCAGAUGAAGAAUCCAAUCUUGGAACGCCUGGCAGAACAGAUCGCAACCCUUUGUGCCACCCUGAAGGAAUACCCAGCUGUUCGAUAUCGUGGGGACUACAAAGACAAUGCCAUGUUGGCCCAACUAAUCCAAGAUAAACUGGAUGCCUAUAAGGCUGAUGACCCAACUAUGGGGGAGGGUCCUGACAAAGCUCGCUCCCAGCUCUUGAUUCUGGAUCGCGGAUUUGACCCCAGCUCUCCAGUUCUUCACGAAUUAACUUUCCAGGCUAUGAGCUAUGACCUGUUGCCCAUUGAAAAUGAUGUGUACAAGUAUGAGACAAGUGGCAUCGGAGAAGCUCGGGUGAAAGAAGUUCUCCUGGAUGAAGAUGAUGACCUCUGGAUAACUCUGCGUCACAAGCAUAUUGCAGAGGUCUCCCAGGAGGUCACCCGUUCUCUGAAAGAUUUUUCUUCCAGCAAGAGGAUGAACACAGGCGAGAAGACAACCAUGAGGGACCUAUCACAGAUGCUGAAGAAGAUGCCCCAGUACCAGAAAGAACUCAGCAAGUAUUCAACUCACCUACACCUGGCUGAGGACUGUAUGAAGCACUAUCAAGGCACUGUGGAUAAACUCUGCCGAGUUGAACAGGACCUGGCCAUGGGCACCGAUGCUGAGGGGGAGAAGAUCAAGGAUCCUAUGCGGGCCAUUGUUCCAAUCCUGCUGGAUGGGAACGUCAGUACCUAUGACAAAAUCCGCAUCAUCCUUCUCUACAUCUUCUUGAAGAAUGGUAUCACUGAAGAGAACCUGAACAAACUGAUUCAGCAUGCUCAGAUCCCCCCAGAGGACAGUGAAAUAAUCACCAAUAUGGCUCAUCUUGGAGUGCCCAUCAUCACGGAUUCUACCUUGCGUCGCAGGAGCAAGCCGGAGCGAAAAGAACGCAUUAGCGAACAGACCUACCAGCUCUCACGAUGGACUCCAGUUAUUAAAGACAUCAUGGAGGAUACUAUCGAUGACAAACUGGACACCAAGCACUACCCCUAUAUCUCUACCCGCUCCUCAGCCUCCUUUAGUACCACUGCUGUCAGCGCUCGUUAUGGCCACUGGCACAAGAACAAGGCCCCGGGUGAGUACCGGACUGGGCCCCGCCUCAUCAUUUUCAUCCUGGGAGGUGUGAGCUUGAAUGAAAUGCGCUGCGCUUAUGAAGUGACACAAGCCAACGGCAAGUGGGAAGUGCUAAUAGGAGCCACGCACAUCCUCACCCCACAGAAGCUCCUGGACACGCUGAAGAAACUGAAUAAAACAGACGAAGAAAUCAGCAGUUAAAUAACGGAAUCACAAACCCUGAAUAAUCUUCCCUUCAGCUCUUGGCAGCUUCCCUCUCCUGCUGGUCUUUGAUGUUUCUUUGCAGUCCCACCCCCAUCUUCCAUCCCCUGCACGCCAAGUCCGGCCUUCUCUUCCCUGCGUUCUCGUGUUGAACAAAGCUCCCUUCUUGUUUCCAACCAAGGGAAAUUAUGCAUUGUGUUUUAAAAAAAAGAGAAUAUAUUAUAUAAAUAUAUGUAUAUGUAUGUAAAGGAGAACAAUUCAUUUCAAGUGAUGCAUUGCUAGAGAAUUUUUUGAGCCUUUUUGGAUGGAUGGACACACUCCAGUUAUUUAUGGCUCUGUAAUCUUGUACCUGGCCUGAUGCAACAUGUCUUUUCUGAGCAGGAAUUGCCUGAGAGUGGAAAGGUAGAGGGUUUUAAGGUUUUAAGUAUUGUCUAUUUGGUCCCAUUCUUACUGUAGGCUGUUUCCCAGCUGUGGAGGCUUCUGCAUUCUGAGGAAUAUGUACAACUGAGGAUUGGUGAGCUCCCUAUUUCCAAACUUCCUGCCUUGCCACUUUUGAAUGCGGCUGCUCCCAGAAGUGGGACUUGGAACCCUGGGCUGGGGUCAAGGCUGGCCCACACCCCAGGGAGGCCGCCUCCAUCCACCACUUCAGAAAUCAGCCUCUCCUCUAGUACUGGGGAAGGCCUAGCUGUCACCCAUCUGCAGCUGGUGGCCCCAGCCUUGGGCUUCAGCUCAGGAAGGGGAGUGUCUGACUGCAGGCUUCCCUUCUCUCAAGUUAGGUCCUGGGCCACUAUGGCAAGAGUUGGAAAUUUGGAAGGGGGCAGUGGCUCUUUGUGUCCAGGAAGUUUUUGCUGGAAGUAGAACCCGGUUUCCUGGAGUUGUGUUUCAGAGGUGUGAGCCAGAGGGCACGGGCUGGCAAACAGACCAGCAGGAGUCGGGAUUUGAUCAGCACUGCCACCCUUGGGAGGGGAUGGACUUAGGCCUGAGGCACUGCCCCAGAAACCUCUUGCUGUGUGCUUCCUGGUACCUGGCACUGCUCAUGAAAGAGGCCGAGCUCCAAGUUAGUCCAGGGGUUGUCUGUGCUAAGGGAGAACUUGGCAAGGGAGCAGGUGGACUAAGAUGUCGCUCUGUUCUCUCCUUCCUUCCCCAACUGCCCCAUAAAGAUUGGUUUCUGGACCUCAAGUUUGCAGAGCGAGCGUCCCUGCAUCCCAGAGAGAAGCCUGGGCUGAGGUUUCUUGCCCUGGGCUUGAUCAGCCUGUUUUUGUUUUUUUUUACGAGGGCGGGGCCCAACAUCAUGCUGGGAAGAAAGUAUUUUUAAAAUGCCAAAAGGCAUGUUUUAAUCUCAAUAUUGAAUUUUAAGUUUAAAGCCAAGGCAGCCUGAUCGGAUUUGUCUUUGAGGCUCCCUCUGUGGCUCUGCAGGCUGUGUUCAUCAUUCGUUUCUGCUGUUGUUGUCUGGUAAUGAAAUGUUUUGGCAAUGGAAGCCCCCAUUUCCCCAUUCCUCCCUGCUGCUCUUUGUCCCUUCCUCACAGCAGACUGUGUGUAGUUAACUUAUUGUGUCUUGUGAUGUUGUUCCAAGCUUGGUGUGUAGUAGUUUUAAUGCAGCCCUUUUACUUUCCUGUCAAUGAAUUUUCUCCCCUACCCCCCUCCCCAGCUCAGUGCAUUGCAUUUUCUCGAAGCAUUGCAACCUCCUUUCCCCCAUCCUUUGCAACCCAGAAAACCAGCUCUUUCCCUGCUUGUUCAUUUUCCAGUUUCUCCUUACCAACCCCGGUCUCCUCCUUAAACACUUUGGUUUGGGGAAAGCUGUAAACAUUUGCACUGAUUUUUUUUGUUGCUGUUUGGUUUCCUUUCCUUUGAAUUACUAAUGCAAAUGCUUUUGAGUUCUUGUUCAUUGGCCAUUUUGUUUUCAUUUUCUUGUUAUUUAUAUAAAAGGAAAAUUUUAAAAAGCUAGUCUGUCUUGAAACUUGUUUACCUUGAAAUUAUUGGAAUCUAAAUGUUUGAAAGUGUUGAAGCACAAACAUGCAUCAUCUCUAUAUCUGUUCUGUACUAAAGCACCCAAGUCAAAUAAAUGAGUAAGCUCCCAUAUAUGGUGCAAAAGGGA